GUAGUAGCUGCCAUAUUGGUUUCUAUAUGGUAUUAGCGGCCAUAUUGGUUUCUAUAUGGUAUUAGCAGCCAUAUUGGUUUCUAUAUGGUAAUAGCAGCCAUAUUGGUUUUUAUAUGGUAUUAGCGGCCAUAUUGGUUCCCUAAUUUGAAAAUGACUAGGGAGGUGACUGAUCGCCCUUGCCGUCAUGUCCACCACGUACAGAUCUAUGUUGGCGCCAAUCUUUGUAUAAUAAUAAUAUAGGAAACAUGUUCUUGACGUGCAGGACUCUGAUCACGAGGCCCGGGUGGAGGAAGCCAUAACCAGGAUGGUGGUGUGCGCCUUUAAAUCGGCAGAGGGUGCAGGGAGCUCAGGCGAUUGGCUGAACCCCACUGAGGGCGGGGCGACCACUUACGAAACCAACCUGCAGUAUUUGAACAUGGCGGUUUCUGCUUUUACGGAGCACAAGAUGGCGGAAGACCAAGGUGAAGCGGCGACGAAGAAGAGGAGGAAGGAGGAGACGAAGGCUGAAGACCGGGCCGGGGGUGGCGCUGCUCCGUUCACGCGGUUCCUCGUCCCAGUUUUGCCUUCGUUGGCUAAGGAGGAUUCCGAAAGCAAAGAGAUGCAACGUGCGGGAUCGGACGGUGAAAGGGGCGCCGUAACUAGCGACGAGCUGCUGGACUGUAUGCUAGACCCGCAGGUUGUCUCCUUGGUGGCCCAGCUCUUGGUGAACAGGAGGUUAGGAAAGAGUUAACCACAAAAUGGCGCUCAGUGCUAAGGCUGAUCGCAGUCACAUGACCUGAACAUGGCUGAAAACAAUAAACUAUCUUUCUUUUCUCGAUCAGCUGAUCCUUAGCUUGACGUGGCUGAUAACAGCGAGCCAUAGAUGUAAAUUGAACUGCGCAGCUACUGAAGAAACGGCUGCUGGUGAAAUGUCCCUUAUAGGGGUACUCCGGAGGAGGGGGGGGGGGGGGAUUAAAUCACCUGGUGGCAGAAAGUUAAACAGAUUUGUAAAUUGCUUCUAUAUAAAAAUUUUAAUCCUUUCAGGACUUAUCAGUUGCUGUAUGCUCCACAGGAAGUUGUGUAGUCCUUUCUAGUCUGACCACAGUGCUCUCUGCUGCCACCUCUGUCCAUGUCAGGAACUGUCCAGGUCAGAGGAGGUUUACUAUGGGGAUUUGUUCAUACACCAGUGUAUUUCAAACUUUGUGUAUCCAGCUGUUGCAAAAC